AUGGCUGUUCCACAAGCAUCGAAAACGCCUGAGGACUACACUUUCGCGUUGGCAGACCUCCCACAAGACCCUUUCCUCCCACAGGGCGUCCUCGAAGGCCCAGCUUUCCUCGAUACGCAGGCUUGUCUUUGCGCCUACAGGCAAUCGCCUGUCUCGGACAGCGAUGCCGCAGCAUGGGAGUGUAUAGGAAACCAGACAAAUGGCAUCGACGUAUAUACAGGCGGCAAAUGGUUCAGACCAACACACAGCGCGAGCAUAUCCGAUGACGCAGACGAGAACCUUGGCCCAAUAUGGGACGCGUCUAACCCGCCCGACAUCAGUGCGCCGUUGAUCUACGACGAUGGACAGGACGACCUUGUCGCCAUUGACGAAUCAAGACUGAGCCCGUAUGAUGCUGCCUGUACUGGUCUGAAUCACACAAGAUUCUCCACAAGCUUUUAUCGAGCGGUCCAGCAGCAAGCCAACAAUGAGACAAUGGUAGAUGCUGCACCCUGCUACAGGGGCCCGUACGCUGUGCCUAUGCAAAUCAUGGACUUGGAGAAGUGGCAGCAGGGCGGCUGUAAUGAGGGCUUUUUAUGCGAGAAUAACACAGUCAACUCAUUACCACAAUACUGCCCACCCCCUGACGUGUGCCAAAUGUCAAGAUCCGCAGGCAUGACCUGUCAAAUCGCGCACUCCAACACCGGCAUGGGACCAUUCGAGCCGGUUAUCUGCCAGGGUGGGUUUUAUUGUCCUGCAGGCGGAAAAGAGAAGUUGCAGUGCCCAUCCGGAAGUUACUGCCAGCCCGGUACGGCACAACCAACGCCGUGCGUGGCCGGCAGCGCCUGUCCCGCAGGCUCUGUGUCCCAGCGCUUCUACAUUCCGCUGGCGAUGUUAAUCAUCUUCGACGUGUGCCUGAUACUCGGAAUGGUCCUUCUCAACCUUCGAAAGCGAGUCAAGAAGGACACGAACGGCCAGAUUGAUAUCUCCCAAAGUGGCAAGCCGGGCAACGGCUUGCGCAGAAUAAUGACGGACCGAGUCGCCGCAUAUAAGAGCGUACGCCCGGAUGACCAUGCGCAAUGGGAUCAGGAGUCGUCGUCGCCCGUAUCAGAGCCAGAUACGCCCCGACGGGUGCCGACUGGGUUCGAGGCCGCGCUCGCCAUGGAGCAGGGCCAACGGAUCCAGGACAUGGCGGACCUGUCUCCUGAGCUAAAGUCCUUCGUCCAAUCAAUGCAGAAGGCCACUGAUGCCGCUCGGCUCGGCCUAUCGUUCCAGUACGCCGACUUGAGCUUCCAUCCUAAGGGUGUGUCGAGACCUAUCCUACAGAACGUCACGGGAUCCAUCGACAGGGGCUCCUUGACUGCAGUCAUGGGUGGAUCCGGGGCGGGCAAGUCGACGUUUGUGAAUGUGCUCAUGGGCAAAACCACCAACACUGGAGGUCUUGUGAUGGUCAACGACACGCCGAAUAAGAUGAAAAGGUUUAGAAAACAAGUGGGAAUGGUGCCACAAGACGAUAUAGUUCUUCCAGAGCUCACUGUCUAUGAGAACAUACUGCAUAGUGCCCAAGUCCGUCUCCCUCGCACUUGGGCCAACAAGGAUAUCCAGGCACACGUCGACAGUGUCAUCGACUGCCUCGAGCUAUCGCACGUUCGAAACUCCAGAGUGGGCACUGUCGGAAAGCCUGUGAUCAGUGGUGGGCAACGAAAGCGGGUCAGCAUAGGUAUGGAAUUGGCUGCGGCACCUAUGGCGAUAUUCCUGGACGAACCGACAUCUGGCCUCGAUGCCACUGCUGCGUCUUCUAUCAUGCGGACACUCAAAGCAAUUGCUCGAAUCGGCAUAUCGGUGAUCGUGAUCAUUCACCAACCACGCAUGGAGAUCUUCGAGAUGCUGGAUCAGCUCAUCCUGCUUGCAAACGGCCAGAUCCUAUACGAAGGUCCAGAGAACUAUGUGCAGCAAUACUUUGAGAAUUGCGGCUUCGCAUUCCCGCCGCAUGCGAACUCUGGUGAUGUCGUCACAGACAUUAUCACAGGCAAUGGACGUGCCUACAAAGCCCAAGGCGAGAUUAGCAAAGACUGGCUCAUCUCCAACUGGAUCGGCUCUCGACAACACGCGAAACUGAAGGAGCGGCACGCAUCAGCCGUAAGCUCCGUCUCAUCAGCUCAUGGCCGCCGGCUAUCCGUCACCCCAUCGUCAUUAAUGAGCUUGAGCCGCAGCAGCCUCCCACUCGACCACCAGUCCCUCCGUGAUCCCGCCAUGCUCGAGGCGCUGAAGAAGCGCGGCGCACCGCGCCUCAAGCAGACGUGGCUGUGCCUGCGUCGCGCGAUGGUUCAGCAGUGGCGUGACAAAACGUCGUUCUGGUUCGAGAUGAUACUCGCAUCGGUCGCAGCCGCCCUGCUCGGGUUGGCCCAAAACAGCAGGAACGGGGUCCUUUUUCGCGGCAUCUAUAAGGGCGAAUUCUCUAUUCUGUCGAACGCGGUCGACUUCAGCUCCGUCCCGCAGCUCUCGCUGCUCAUGGGCGUGGCCAUUGGCCUGAUCUCGGCGGCUCCGGGUGUGCGGGUGUUCAGCGAGGAGAUGCUCCUCCACCGUCGAGAGGCCGAGGCCGGGCACUCGCGCCUAGCGUAUUUCGUGGCAAAGGUGCUCUGUGUCCUUCCGCGCAUGCUGGUCGCGUGCUUGCACUUCUCCGCUAUCACGCUUAUCCUGUCCAAGCCCGUCCUUCCAUGGGGCAUCGCGUUCCUCGCCAACCUGGCGUACUUCUGGUGCGUGUACGGCAUGUCGGCUAUCAUCUCGAUGGUUGCUAAAAGGGAGGACGCGCCCCUCCUGGCGACCAUGGUGUCCCUGAUCGUCGGGAUCCUCUGCGGCGCGGCGCCGACCCUGAUGCAGGUGGCCAAGUGGCACAUGGUGUGGCUCUGGCGCAUGUCUCCCGGCGUCUGGCUUACGGAGCUGUACUUUGGCGAGCUCGUUCGGCCGUUCGGCUACCUUUACCAGACGGACAUGGCGGCGGGGGUGAUGGGGUUCAAGCUGGACGCAACGUGGCGGAACAUGGGCGUUCUGCUUGCCAUCGGGGUGGUGUAUCGGCUGAUAGCAUAUGCUGGGCUGUUCCUGGGCAAGAGGAUGAGGAUCUGA